AUGAGGUGGAUAGUACAUCUGGAAGGUGGCCCAAAAAGGGUAAAUCAUGCAGCUGUGGCUGUUGGUCACAAAAUAUAUUCCUUCGGAGGCUACUGCACAGGAGAAAACUCUAGAGAGUACACAUCAAUGGAUGUACAUGUUCUCAAUACUGCUACUUAUAGAUGGACUCAACAUCCUGUGAGUCAUCUGCCAUAUUUUGAAUAUGAUGAUAUUUUACCCUACAAAAGGUACGGACAUACAGCUGUAGUGUACGUCGAUAAGAUUUACAUUUGGGGAGGCCGAAACGAUAGGGCUUCCUGUUCAACUCUGUUCUGUUUCGACACUGUCUGGCACUGCUGGACAGCACCGAAAACCACCGGAAACAUACCCCCUGCCAGAGACGGUCAUACUGCUUGCCUAUGGAAAAAUAAUAUGAUUAUCUCCGGUGGAUAUGAGGAAGAUUCCGAUGCGUUUGCGAGAUCUGUGUAUUUACUCAAUUUGGAUACGAUGCACUGGACUUAUAUUCACAUAACUGGAGCAGAACCAACCCUGAGAGAUUUCCACACGACAGUCGUCAUAAAGGACCGAAUGUAUUUGUUUGGCGGAAGAGGAACCACGAAUGAACCGCAGUUAUCUCUUGGCAGGACUCAAGUGCUAUAUUGCAACGAGCUGUGGUAUCUAGAUCUCACCUCGUUCACGUGGAACAAUUGCAGGGCGGGCGGAAACUUGCCCAUCGGAAGGAGGAGUCACUCAGCGUUUGUGUACAAUGACAAAAUGUAUAUCUUUGGUGGAUAUAAUUCCGUAAGGGAAGAACACUACAAUCACAUAUUUGAAUAUGAUCCUAGUACAAACUUGUGGAAAAUUGCAUCGAAUGGUGUGGGCAAGAGACCUUGCAAAAGGAGGAGACAAGCUUGCGUUUUGGUGGGCGAAAAAGUUUACAUUUUUGGUGGAACCAGUCCACAUCCUUCUGAAUCAUUAGAUAACUACAGCAUAAGGAAUACAGACGACAAACUGGUAGACCAUAGUGACAUGUACGUAUUGGAUUUCAAUCCUUCUUUGAAAACUCUAUGCAUGAUCGCUGUGAGGAAACACGAACUCGACGAAUCGACUCUUCCGCAAAACAUAAGGCACGAUAUGACGAACAUGUUUACGCCCAACAAAAUUACAGUGAACAGGCCGAACAAUUCUGCAGGAUAG